AUCAGGCCACAGCCAAGGGCAGGUCCCCAUUCAUUGCCUUCCUGCAUCUCAGGGGAAUUUCCCUUUCUUAUUUUUGACACUGGGGGUGCUUCAGGCUGGUGAGGGGACGGCCUAGGCCUUUCCCGGCCUCCCCUCCUUUCUCCAGCCACUACUUUCACUUUCAGUCCGCACGCAGGGAGGCCUAAGCUGCAAAGGACGUCCAUGAUACAGCGGGCUCAGGCCCCUAGAAAUUCAGGGGUUUGUGCCAAUUUUAGGAACAACAACAAAAUGGGUUUUUUAUCCCUUAAGGUGCCACUUAUGACUGCAUCAUCUCUUUUUAUUUCCUUAUUGACCAUCUUGAUUGUGUCACCUUCUUUGAGGUGCCAAAACAUAAAAACGGACUCUCCAAUGGCUACUAAUGGAGCACCAUUUCCUUGGAAUAAGAUGCGGCUUCCCACCUACAUCCUUCCAGUUCAUUAUAAUCUUAUGAUCCAUGCCAAUCUCACCACUUUGACAUUCUUGGGAGCCACUGAAGUGGAAAUCAUCACCAGUGAGCCCACCAGUUUCAUCAUUCUGCAUAGCCAGUACCUGCAGAUCACCAAGGCGACCCUCCGAGAAAAGAGCCAAGAGAGUCUGGCAGAGCAGCCCCUGACAGUCCUAGAGUAUCCACCCAAUGAGCAGAUCGCCCUUCUGGCAGAUAAGCCUCUUCUGACUGGACAUCAGUACCUAGUUACCAUUGAAUUCACUGCCCCUCUUUCUGAGACGCUGCAUGGAUUUUAUAAAAGUUCUUAUAGAACUCAAAAGGGAGAAGUAAGGAUACUAGCAUCCACACAGUUUGAGCCAACUGCAGCUCGUAUGGCCUUUCCCUGCUUUGAUGAACCAGCCUUUAAAGCCAAUUUCUCAAUCAAGAUUAGAAGAGAACCACGGCACCUUGCUAUCUCAAACAUGCCAUUAGUAAAAUCCGUGAAUAUUGCUGAAGGACUAAUAGAGGACCACUUCGAUGUCACUGUGAAGAUGAGCACUUACCUCGUUGCUUUUAUUAUUUCGGAUUUUGAGUCUGUCAGCAAGAUGACCAAAAGUGGAGUCAAGGUUUCUGUGUAUGCUGUGCCAGAGAAGAUUAGCCAAACAGGCUAUGCCCUAGAUGCUGCAGUGACCCUUCUGGAGUUUUAUGAGGAUUAUUUCGGGAUUCCAUAUCCUUUACCUAAACAAGAUCUUGCUGCCAUCCCUGACUUUCAGUCUGGUGCCAUGGAAAACUGGGGACUGACAACGUACAGAGAAUCCGCACUGUUGUAUGAUACCAAAACAUCCUCUGCUUCCAGCAAACUUUGGAUCACCAUGAUUAUAGCUCAUGAACUGGCCCACCAGUGGUUUGGGAAUCUGGUCACUAUGGAAUGGUGGAAUGAUCUUUGGCUAAAUGAAGGAUUUGCAAAGUUUAUGGAGUUUGUGUCUGUCAGUGUGACCCAUCCACAUUUGAAAGUUGAAGAUUAUUUCUUUGGAAAAUGUUUCAGUGCCAUGGAAAUGGAUGCAUUAAAUUCUUCUCAUCCUGUGUCCACACCUGUGGAAAAUCCUGCUGAGAUUCGGGAAAUGUUUGAUGAUGUUUCUUAUGAAAAGGGAGCUUGUAUCUUGAAUAUGCUAAGGGACUAUCUUAAUGCAGAUGUAUUCAAAGCUGGCAUUGUGCGAUAUCUCAAGAAAUACAGUUAUAAGAAUACCAAAAAUGUGGAUCUAUGGAAUAGUAUGAGAAAUAUUUGUCCCACAGGUGAUACCCAAAAGACAGAUGGAUUUUGCUCAAGAAAGCAAUCAAUAUCCUCACCUUCUCACUGGAGCCAGGAGGUCGUUGAUGUGAAGGCCAUGAUGAACACAUGGACACUACAAAAAGGGUUUCCACUGAUCACUGUCUCCAAGAAGGGAAAGAAUGUCCACGUAAGACAAGAACUCUAUAGAAAGGGAACCAAUCACUCUGAAGAAACUGGAUAUUUAUGGCAUGUUCCUUUGUCAUACAUUACCAGCAAAUCAGACAAAGUUGAAAGAUUUUUGCUAAGAACAAAAGCAGAUGUUCUCAUCCUCCCAGAAGAGGUGGAAUGGAUCAAAUUCAAUAUGGGAAUGUAUGGUUACUAUAUUGUACAUUAUGAGGGCGAUGGAUGGGAAUCUUUGACUGGCCUCUUAAAAGGAAAGCAUAUGACAAUCAGCAGUAAUGAUCGAGCAAGCCUCAUUAACAAUGCAUUUCAGCUUGUCAGCAUUGGAAAAUUAUCUAUUGAAAAAGCUUUGGAUUUAACUCUGUACCUGAAACGUGAGACUGAAAUUAUGCCUGUGUUCCAAGGUUUGAAUGAGCUGAUUCCUUUGUAUAAAUUAAUGGAGAAAAGAGAUAUGGAUGAUGUAGAAACUCAAUUUAAGGCUUUCCUCAUCACGUUGUUUAAGGACCUCAUUGACAACCAGACAUGGACAGAUGAAGGCUCAGUCUCACAGCGAAUGCUGCGCAGUCAGCUCCUUCUCCUCGCUUGUGUGCGCCAGUAUCAACCUUGUGUUCAGAAGGCAGAAGAAUAUUUCAAGAAAUGGAAAGAAUCCAAUGGAAAUUUUCACUUACCAAAUGAUGUGACCAGUGCCGUGUUUGCUGUUGGGGCACAGACCACAGAAGGCUGGGAUUUUCUCUUUGAGAAGUAUCAGUUUUCUCUAUCCAGUACUGAGAAAAACAAAAUUGAAUUGGCACUUUCUAUCAGCCAUAAUAAAGAAAAACUUCAAUGGUUACUGAAUCAGAGUUUUCAGGGGGAUAUAAUAAAAACUCAGGAGUUUCCACACAUUCUUAGUUCUGUGGGCAGAAAUCCAAAGGGUUAUCACUUGGCUUGGCAAUUUCUGAAGGAAAAUUGGAAUAGAAUCAUACAGAAGUUUGAACUUGGCUCAGCUUCUAUAGCUUUCAUGGUGACUGGAACGACAAAUCAGUACUCUACCAGAGAGCGACUGGAGGAGGUGAAAGAAUUCUUCAGCUCUCUGAAUGAAAAUGGUUCCCAGCUUCGCUGUGUCCAGCAAACACUUGAGACGAUUGAAGAAAACAUACGCUGGAUGGAUCAAAAUUAUGAAAAAAUCAAAGUGUGGUUACAAAAAAGCCCCAGCUCAUUGUAACUUUUUAUGUCUUGCCGGGUUCCUGCAAUCUACUGUAAUUACCACAUUUUGUGAUGAAAGGGAACUUCCUCACCUAUAAAAUAAAGAUAAUAACUCAUAACAACCUACCUCACAGGAUUCUAAGAUCUUUAUAAACUUUGAAUUAUUAAAUAAGCCUGAGUUAAUAUGUAAGAAGCAUGUCUAUUAUAAUUUUUUUCUCUUUCAGAAAGGAAAAAAAUGAGAUAAAAACCCUGGUGAAUAUCUUGAAAUUAGCAGGAAAUAGAAUAAAUAAACUCAAAAAUUAGACUAUGUUGUAGUGAAAAUUUCACCUUUUAAGAUUGUUAUAAUAUUGAACAAUGACUGCCAAGGAAUUUACUUAUGAAAUUCCUAAAAUGAAACACUCAAGUCAGAAUGGAGUUUAUGGAGGUUUAAUCACAAUGGGAGUAGGGAAAAGGAGAGUGAGAGAAGGAGAGAGGAGAAAAGGGAAAGGGGUUACUCAACCUCUGAACAAGGCAGAGGGAGAUUAGGCCCAAAGGGCCAAGGUGAAAAGGAAUCAGUCCUUGACUCACGUGACCAAUCUGAAGGGAAGCUGUCUGCGGGCCUCCUCCCUGUUCAAGCUCCUAACAUGAACUGCCUUCUCGCCCUGUCCACAGGAAGUGAGCGAAUUCCCGAGGCUGCUCUCUCUGUCACUUCCUGUGACUCACAAGUGCCAAUGGUGGCUCAAGCUUGGCUUAGGAUAGCCCAGGUGGGCAAUUAGUUAUUUCUGAUUUGUCAUUGACUAGCACAUGCCCGUGUAGUGUGGGUGUGCACAAUUUUGGGUGCUAGACCAAGAUGAAGAUUUUAAAAUUCACAAUUACGAUGCCUGUUGUUUAAAAAAUUAGGGUUCCUAUUAGGGCUAUUUCUAUUUCUAUUCCUAUUAGGAACAGGGUGAACCUAGAUGAGAAAAAUUAUACUUGAUUAUUUCAACAUAAUUGGUUUCCUCUGAAUUUUCAUAUAUAUUAUUUAUGGAUUUAAAAACAUUUUGAGAAGAGGUCCAUGACACAAAAGGGGCCAAGAAGCAAAAAUGUUAACUGAGAUUGAGCUCUAUAUAUGGCCUAGUAUUGUUUGAUAGGUGAUAGGAAGGGAGAAACAUGAAUUGAUUAAUUUGAUCUGCUCAUGAGUGCUAAAAUAGAAUUUGAAUGCCAAUGACGAACAAUUAAGUCAAAAGAUAUUAAUUGUAUGAUCAUUAGUGCUAAAAUACCAAAAUACUGCAAGAUGACUAAAACUACUUCAUAGAAGACUUUACAUAUGAUUCUAAAUGAGAACUGACCACCUUUAUAGUUUACAUGAAUUAAAAAAGAUAGGUAGGAUUGUGUGUUAAACAUACUAAACUGCUGAAGAGAUUGGAGUAAUGAUAUUUCAUUGUAUUUGAGUGCUUGAGACAUAAUAACUUAAAACAAGAAUGUUAGUAAUACUUUUCUGGAUAAUGUUUUAUAAACUUGCAUUUUCUGUUAUUUGAGAUAUACAAAUUUAUGAAUUAAUAAGUUCUAUCAAAAUAAACACAACCAUAUGAUUGGGAAUUGUAAACCUCAAAAUUUCUUAGACUUAUAAAUGUUGGAAAUUUCACCAUUGGGAAAUUUCAUACUUGAAAAAUUUCCUAUUGAUAGUGGGUCUUGACUAUUGGAAUGUGAACCCCAUUGGCAUGGGAGGUUCCUUCUCUUUCCUUUUUAAGAUUACUUUAGGACAGAAACCUUUUGCUGAACAAUGGAAAGGACUUUGGCCUAUGCUUAAGCAUAGAACAGGAAUUUCUUUGAGUCAUGAUUGAUUUUAGAAUUGAUACAAUGGAGAUACUUGGAAUCAAUCUCCACCCUAUUCAGUCCUAACAGGAUUGAGUAAGGGCUGCAGCCUAAAUCAAAAUUUAAUUAUUCCAAUCUCUACCCUACUCAGGUUAACAGGAUUUAGAAAGGGCUGUAGCAAAGGAGCAAAGAUUUAAUUAGUUGAAAAUAUGACCUUCAACAGACAUGUGCAAAGCCUCUGGGCGGUCCUGGGUUAAGCUAGAGCCUCCAUUGGCACAGGGAAAUUGAUGGACAGUGAUUGGUAGAUGUGAGAACUGAGGGGAGGCAACUUGGAUGGUUUCCUUAAAGAUAGAGGGGUCUGAGAACUGAGGAGAUGGAGGAGUUUGUCUCAGUGGGGGGAGUGUGCUCUGAGAAGCUUGCUCUGAAGGAAGCUGAAGGUGGGGGCCUCUGAGACUGUUUCUCCAUUUUGGUCACGUGAGUAAUAGGGACUGAUCUCUUUUCUUUACCCCAGCUAUCUAAGGGCUUGGGCCUUUUGGCCCAGCCUAAACAGAAGGGGUAUUUAAGCCCUAUUCCCUUCUCUCCCUUUUUCUCUCUCUCUAUCUCUAAUUCCUUUCUUCCUCCUAUUGUAAUUAAACUCCAUAAAAGAUUGACUGCUGACUUGAGUUUUCAUUUAGGAAUUACUUAGCUGAAUUCCUUGGCGACCUUAAAUUAAUAUAUAUCAGUCUUUUAAAGUGAUUUCCUUGUCACAGGAUGUAGACUCUAAAUGAACAUCCUAGUGCAAAUACCAACAACACGGAAAUGGGUUCCAAUCAAGGACACAUGUGAUACCCAGUGGAAUUGCACAUCGGCUAUGGGAGGGGUGGUGGGAGGGGAGGGAGGAAAAGAAAAUGAUUUUGGUAUCCAAUGAAUAAUGUUUGAAAUUGACCAAAUAAAAAUAAUGUUUUAAAAAACACAACCAAAACUGAUGAAAGUAAUUUUAAAGGAAAGUCAUUGCUUUAACUCCAUUUGUAUAUUUCAAUGAAAAUGGUGGAUUUUUUAAAGUUGGGCACUGAUCUUUAUGUACUCUGAAAAGUCUUGCUUAAUGAUGAAUCAUUCCCACAUUAAGUUCAGUUACCUUUUUUCAUAAAUGAAGGCAAUCUUUAGGCUUCUUUGCUCCAGUACACAUAACAAUAACCUCCUCUAUGUUACAGACAAAAGAGUGGUUGCCAUAAACUGUGGCCACGAAAAUGUGAUUUCAAGACUGUGAAUUGCCCAAACUGUAAAGAUAAUUUUUAGUGUUGUCAACAUGGAAAUAUAGAGAUUCCCCAGUUUAUUUAGUUUGAGUAUAGAAACCCCAGGUUUUGACCUUGUCACAGGAGAGGUUUCCCCCUGAGGGAAGGUCCCUCUUCACCAGACAGUGAACUUCCUGGUAGUUUGGGUGGGAAUAGCUAAUCCCAUCCAAUAUUAAGCAUCCCUUUUGUCCCAAUGGUUUCUCCCCCUAGGCUAAGGUCCAUGACCAAGGUGACCCAGCCCUGGGCUGAGUCUUUCCCUUUUGUGUCCAUUGUAGGGUACCAGCCCCUCAUUAUUAUUCCUGUCUGGAACUCCUCAUUUUCCUUUCUCACCAUUGUAAAGUCAAAUGAACUGCCCCUCUAAUCCUAAAGCCCCCAGGUCAUCUAGAGUGGUAUAUAGGUUCCCCAAAUUCUUUUGUUCCUCUGAAUCCAUCCUGAGUCUGUGGCACUCCCAGGGGCUAGAAACCAGGGUGUCUUGACUCUGUGCAGUCAUUGGAAGCAGCUCUGUUGUUGUAUUAGUAGCACUAACCCCUUUUCCCUUGAUUAAAGAGUGAUUGUGACUAUUUAAUAUUUCUGGGGGUUUUUUGUUGACAGUGUCUUGAAUUUAUAUCAAAAUAUAGUGGUCACCAUGGGAAAAAUUCCCAAAAUAUGAAAUACCCAAGUCAGCUGGGUUUUAUGGAGAUUUUAAUUAAUACAAAUGAAGGAAUUAAGGAAAGGGAGAGAGACAGAGUAAGAGGAAAUAAUAGGAAAGGGCCUUAGGCCUGAGCUUUAAGAGAGACUAGUCAGUCCUUAAUCAUUCACCACAACUAAGUUCAACCAUGGAGCCAGAGCCAAUUCAGCUUCCUAAGGUGAACUAAGUCCAGAGGCCUCUGACCUCCUUUUAAAGAUAAUUUUCUCCUAUGUCACCUCCCCUAAAUUUUCACAUCUACCAAUCACAGUAGAUGUUUUUCAAAGGACUGACCAUUCUUAAUGCACAUCUUGUUAUAUAAAUCUUGAAAUUUCUCAGACUUGUGAAUGUUAAAAAUUUCCACAUUGAGGAAUCCUCCAUUGGAACAAAUUCCCUACUGGGAAACUUCCCCAUUUUGAGGUGAGAACUCACCAGGAUCAGAAAUGGGAGGACCUCUAUCCACCCUUACUUAAGACUGCUUUAGGGGAGAAAAAUCCUUGCUAUGGGAGGACCUCUACUCCACCCUUACUUAAGACUGCUUUAGGGGAGAAAAAGCCUUGCUAUGGGAGGACCUCUACUCCACUGUACUUAAGACUGCUUUGGGGGAGAAAACUCCUUGCUAAACAAUGAAAGUACUUAAACCCAUACUUAUAAUAAGGCAAGGAGUUCUUUGAGCCAUGCCUGUUUUUUAGAAUUGAUACAAUGAGAUGCUAGGUAACUAAAAGGGUUGGGCAAGUUUUCUCUUAAUGAGAUUAGUUGACUCAGCUGUGUUUUCACUGGUUCAGAUUUACUGAGGAGAUUAGUCGACUUAGCAGGAAUUCAGAUGGGCAGUCCUUUGGAAAACGUCUACAGUGAUUGGUAGAUGUAAGGACUUAGGGGAGGUGACAUAGGAGAAAAACCCCUAUAUAAGAAAAAGCAGAAUCUCUUAAGAAGAAAAAUCCUUUUGGAGGAUCUCUGAUGAGGAUCACUUGGGAAGAAUCUCUUGAGAGAGGCUCUGGAGAAGGGAAGCUCUUGGAGGACAAUCUCUAAGGAGGUCUCGCUGGAGCUCCUCUGAGGGGACUCUGUCCCUCUGGAGGCUCUGGAGAGAGGCCCUUUGGAACAGUCUCUGGCUGGAAGGCUCUUUAAGGAGGACUCUGGCUGGAACUCUCUCUGGUAAAGUCAGCUGAGAUGGAGCUGGCCUGGGGUCACUAGAAUCCUUGCUUAGACAGACCUUGUGGUGAGUGUUUAAAGACUGACUGACUGAUCUCUCUCUCUUAAGACUCAGGUCUAGGCCAUGUUGGCUUAAGGCCCUUCAUACUUAUUUCCUUUUUCUCUCUUUCUCUCUUUUCUUUAAUUCCACAUUUUUAUUAAUUAAUCUCUAUAAAACCCAGUUGACUUGGGUAUUUGAAUAAUUGGGAAUAUUUCCCUGGUGACCACCUUAUAUUUGAUUUAAAAACCAAGACACUGUAGUGAAACAUUUUCUGCGGUCACAAUUUACUCACCCUCACUUAUAUCUAGCAUAAUUUGUAUCUUCCACCAUUUUAACUCACUACAGUUUACAACAUCAACCAUUUUAAUUAUUACAGUUUAAGCCAAACAACUUUUUAAAUAUAACAGUUAUCACCUUCUUUGGGUAGACUAAAACUUUUGACUAUUUCACAUCUCUUUGCUAAGGUUGUCCCUUGCAAGUUGCCUGACCUUUUAAUGAUUAAUUUGACCUUCAUAAGUACUUACCACCCUUUUGUAUUAGAUCUAAAAAUAGACCUAGCUUAAGGGCUUUGGCCACACUGUAAGAAUGAGUUAAGUACUUUUUCAUUGUUCAGUAAGGAGUCUUUUAUCGCCCUUUGGGCAUAGUUCCAAAUUGACCUCUGGAAUGGUUGGAUCAAUUCACAACUCCACCAGCAAUGAAUUAGUGUCCCCACUUUACCACAUCCCCUCCAGCAUUCAUUACUUUCCUUUGCUGUCAUGUUAGCCAAUCUGCUAGGUGUGAGGUGAUACCUCAGAGUUGUUUUGAUUUGCAUCUCUGAUUAUCAGAGAUUUAGAGCAUUUUUUCAUGUGCUUAUUAAUAGUUUUGAUUUCUUUAUCUGAGAACUGCCUGUUCAUGUCCUUUGGCCAUUUAUCAAUUGGAGAAUGGCUUGAUAUUUUGUACAAUUGAUUUAGCUCUUUGUAAAUUUGAGUAAUUAAACCUUUGUCAGAAGUUUUUGUUAUGAA